GACAUUCCCAUACAUGUGUGCAUGGUACAUCUCUUCAUCGCCCACAUCAAGUCAGCAUCAGCAUCGCUCGCUCGCAUAGCCUGCUAGCCAGUCAAUUCUCCGUCCCUCCCCUUCCCCCACUCCCACUUUCAUCAUGAGCCCACCACGACAUACCGCGUGGCUUGGCUCGUUUCACCACCACCACCAUGCGGCUGCGGCCCUGGCACUCGCACUGGUUACAGCGUCCCCUGCAUACUCGAGUCCAUUACCACAAGGCGGCUCGGGCGGCGGGACCGGCGGCUUUGGAGGAGGCAACAACCAGGCCGGCAACGGUGGUGGGCUGUCGGGCGGCCCCGGCGGGCCGGGCGGCACGAGCCCGUCGUCAUCAUCCGUCGACACGCAGAGCGCCGGCUUGAUUGCAGUCUACGUCGUGUCGGGUGUGCUCGGACUCGCGCUCAUCGCGGGCGUCAUCUGGUGGAUCCGGGAUAACAGCGCACGAGGACGCCGGAAACGCGAGCGCCGAGAAUUUGAGCGCGCCUGGGUGGGGCAGUACGGCCAGUCGGGCCACUUUGUCACGUCGGCAGAGGAGCUGCAGCCCGGCUGGUGGACGUACCAGGGCCAGCGGCGACAGCGGCGGCUGCAGCGCGAGCGCGAGGCUGCGGCGCGCGGCCUUCCACCACUGACAUGGUGGGAGCGCGUCACGGCGCGUUUCCGGCCCGCCCGGCCCAGCCCGCGGACGGCGCCAGCAAGCGCAGUCAAGGCGACCACGACGAGCACCGAGACGCUGCCGGCGCACGCGGCCGCGCCCGCCCUCGUCCCCGAGGAGAAGGACGACGACGCCGAGCCCGUCUCCCCCGCCCCGUCGUACCCCGCCAUCGCCGUCGAGAGCGUCUCCCUCCCAGUUCACCCACCCCCACGAGUUUGACCACCAACCCACCCAACCUUCAUUAGUCCCGCCAGGUCCCACCCCGCGGACUAGAGUGCAUCGCCCGUGCCCACGCUAGUUAAUGUUGUACCAGUACCUCGCCUAUGCAAGCUAGCGUGUGC